AUGCAAUUUUUACAACUCGACUCCGAGAUCAAUGCAAGGCCGAACGAAUUCUAUGGAUCAGAGAAUUGUGAUCCGUCUUACAUGCCCGGAAAUCGAGGUCAGACCACAGAGCACGGAUUUUUGCCCCAUAUCCGACGCCAAACGUUCGAACAAAUUGGAAAAACUUUGCACAUUCAUAAUGCUGAAGCAAGGGCGGCUGGUGUGUAUUUUUGCUACGAUGACACCGCGUUGCAUUUGGUCCGUUAUUUCUAUAUUCUUCACGCAAUGACGCCGAUCAAUCGAGUCAAUUGGAUGGAUGAUGCCAAUUUGAAGAAUCGUGUUCCACUUAGUCCGGAUAUGGGCAAAAUGGUCAGUGAAUCGCCUGACAAAAAGGCUUCAAUACCGCCUCCAUUUCAAUGUGGCAAUGAUUGCGGGAAACCGAUUUAUUUCAACUGUGAUGACGAUGACCAG